CGGAAACAGGCCAGGCAGUGGAAAACUAGUGAUCGUCUCAUGGCAUUUUCUGAAUUCAGUGGCAUAACACAUGGCAUACAUACUUUAGCUUUCGAUCGAAAUGGCUCUGCGUCAAUCAAAGGUGGUUCUCUGUAUUGCAGUAUACGUUCUUUUGAUGGUUUUAUUCGCAGAUAAUGUGAAAAGUGAAAUUAUUGUAGCCAAUGCUGGAGAGAAUAUAACUUUGCGUUGCAAUACGACAUACACGAGCAAUCUGUAUUGGGUUAAAGAAAAUCGGGAUUACAUUGCGACCGUCGAUGAGGUUUAUCCUAAAGGAGUGUUAUAUGAUAAUAUUCCUUUUACGCAGUCGUAUGAAACGGAAUUAUCUUCUGGAAUAUUUAAAUUGUUCAUCUAUGAUGCUAGAGAAGAAUCGGCAAUAUAUACAUGUCAGUAUGGCCAUAAUAAUCUUCAGAAAUACGACGUCCGUGUAAUCGGAUGUUCGACUUGCUUUGUAAACCCAUCAUCGUCGCACGUUUUGGAACAACCAAAAAUGAAUGUAAAUUGCCUACUUAACAAUUUUCAAACAGCCGAACAAAUGAGACAACAUAUUAGAAUUAACAGGAACAGAACGAGUACAGCCAUCAUCGAAGGUAGUAUAUUAACCUUUAAUAUUUCGAUUACCAUGAUGUAUGGUAAAAUCCUAGUUGAGUUUAAUCCGUUUAAUGAUACUCUGUCGAACAUAACAUGUAUCAUACCAGCUCAGCUAACAACACAACCAAGUUAUACUUCGGAUAAACUUUCUCUAAGUACUUCACUGAUAACAACAUCAGCGACGUCAUCAUUACCAGCAUCAACAAAAUCAUCGGCAACAAAGUCAGAAACAUCACCAGAGGCAACAUCAGCAGCGAUCACAACAACAGGAACAAAACCAUAUGACGCGACGCUAAAGUCAUCUUCGUCACCGAUUAUGGACACUUCUUAUUUGCCUUCUGGAACUACAACGUCUUCAAGUACCCCAUCGAUAACAAUAUCAGCAACGUCAUCAUCAAGAACAUUGACGACAACGACAUCGUCACCGAAUAUGGACACUUCUUAUUUGCCUUCUGGAACUACAACGUCUAACCAGACGAGAAAGAAUAUAAACCCAGGAACAGACAACAAUACUAAAAACAAAGGUAUUACAAUCACCAUGAUUGCCAUUCUUGGUGCUAUCUUGAUAAUUGUUGUCAUUGUGAUAAUCAUACUUGUUCUACGAUUGAAGCAAAGACGAGACCGACAACAUUGUAAACGUAAUGAGGGUGAAAUUAAUGUCGCAGUUCGUGAACAGGGUACAUGCUACGAAUCGAUUGGUGGAUCGUCUGGAAUUCGAGACGGCGAAUUGAUAAAUAACGUUUUGUACGAGUCCAGUGAUGAGAUUAUUCAGAGUUCGAUUUUGAGAUCAGGUGAUGAGCAGUUAGACACCGCACUCUAUACCAUACCGGACAAGACAGGAAUAUUAAAGCGUGUUGCAAAGUCGGGGGUUGCAUCUGUUAGUUCUCAUGGCAACAGCUCGAUGAAUCUUCAUCAGCAUGAGCAGAACGAAUUCAAGCAAGAGGACCAGUAUAAGAAAGUUGACAUGCCAAACCAAGGAGCCGGAUAUGACGGUGAUAGAAAUAUCCCCCUCUACGCAAUGCCUGACAAAGGACCAAGAUCCACAAGAAAUACCAUGAACACUAGUCCAGGAUCAGUAUCUACAGAGGAUACCCCGCUCUAUGCCUUGCCCGAUAAAAGACCAGGAUCUAACGGCCGGAACAUCAUAAAGGCCGCACCUGGACCAGGAACGCGAAAUGAGGGUGAUGAGAUCCCUCUCUAUGCUGUGCUCAAUAAAGAACCAGGAUCUAAAGAUAAUCGGCCUAUAGUGAAGCCUACACCAGGCGACCAAUCCAAAGCCUUAAAUAAGGAUGAUACACAUGAUGAAGAGGCUUUGUACGCCGAUGUCGAUAAAUCUAACUGA